GCAUUGAGAACCGCUAUGCUGCACGAACGAACGCAUACUGCGCUGCGUCGGCAAAUGAGGCAUUCGUGCCGCGCUUCUCCCACUCUCGACAUCAUCCCACCAUCGUCCAACCUACACCGCGGUUAUAUAAGGACCCCGCCCGACGGCGUUGCUCAGUUCGUUCCGCGACGUCGUGGAGUGUCUUGCUGCCCAGUUCCUCCAACGUUUACCUCUGAACGCCUCAUUCGAUUUCCGCUCAUUGCGACCGUUAUUAGGACGCCAAGAGUUCGUUUCGCAAGCAUCCGACGCUUACGUCCGGAUCAGUGUCGCAGCUGGUGCGCUAGCGUGAGGCUCCGUUUUCCGAGGAUACGAUCGAGGAGGAGAUUACCCGCUUAUCAGUACAAUAUGUCGGCCACCUCCGUGCAGCCAGCCACUACCGAGAGCCUGUCUCGCCACGGGAGCAACAUCUCGUUAUCCUGUCAUAGUCUGUGUGGGAGUGUAGAUGAUGGUCUGCAAGGCUCGCAUCCCCAAUACCAGGAUACGAUCCUUACGAUCGAGGAGCUGCGUGCCCAGCUGAACUCCUGCUUUACAUGCGGAGUAUCGUGGAGCGAGGAGCACGUCUCCUUGGACUGCAGGGAGUGCGGCGGCUAUUCCUUACAACGACCGUGCCCGCUUUGUGAUGGCCGUUGUCAUACCGCAUGGAAGCGUGACCUUACCAUGUCCCACGCGAGUGGUAAGGCGAGAUGGAUCGGCGAGUGCGGACUGAGUUGUGGGCCUUCCGUGGAAGAGUCGUUGGUGCCCGCGUUGGAGAAGCUGCGGGCCACCUCGUGAACGGCGCUAGCCUGAGCACCGUCAACCAUGCACAAGACUUAAAUCCAUCACCAUCCAUCUAGCGUCACCCACCACCAUUGCGUGUGAGACUCAAGAGCGAGAGAAAGAGAAAGAGAGAGAGAGGAAAUGUGUGAAUGUGGACCGCAGAUGAUAUACAUUAUGUUCCUGAGGAGGGCGACUGAUACACAAAGAAGGGAAUAACGCGCGCGGGAAUGUGCUUCGGGUCCCGUGGCUUUUCUCUUCUCAAAGAUACACCGGAUAACCGGUUUGUUCCCUUGCGACAUCGGGGACCACCGGCGUCGUCAUCGUCGCCACCGCCGCCGCCGCCGCCGCCACCACUGUCGUCAUCAAGUCGUUGUCAAGCAGAAGCACAAAAGCUACACGAACGACGCGCAAAAUCUACGGAAGGAUUUCUGCGACGUAUCAAAGGAUAAUCCUGCAGCUAAAGUUUACAUUGCUUGUGAUGAAUUUAAGUUAAAUUUCUCUUUCAAUUUUUUGCUCAGACAUACACGAUAUUCGUGCCGAUGUUCGUUUCGAUUCUUCCUACGAAAAUGUUUGAUUAGAAUUCAGAGUUUAAUCUUUCUUCGGACGAGUCUCCGUCGCUGAUAUUGAAAUGACGAUAUCAUACUUUCUCGCGAAAGAUGCUACUGAGAUGUUUCCUCUUAAACUAAAAAUCAAACUGCAGCUUGCACUUCCAGCAGAAUUUAACAAUUUUGUUGCUCGAAAACGUAGAUGCGUGUUCGAGGCGUGUAGCAUCGACGAAGAGUCGAUUAGGCAUGAAUCGUAUGGAACACACUCGGAUAGAUCAGCCCGAGUGCAUCUCGACUUAUCUUGAUUUGUAUAUAAAUGUUCAAAAUGUGAAUUUUACGCGAACAAAUAUAAGAGUAAUCUCAAAAUCUACGCAAACACGAACGAAAAGCAUCCUGCUUUUUAGUUAAUUGAUUGGAAUAACGCGCGAAUUUAUUUAAUUGAAUCGGAAUGACACGCGAAAAUGUAUAGUUCGAUAUUUUGGAGCUGAAACGACCAAUGAGAAAAAUGCUUGGCCGCCGUGGUUCUAUGAUGUCGAUUUUACAUUACAUAAUUUAGCCGUCGUGACGGCACGUCUCGAAGAUACUUGCACCUUUCUUAUUGCAGAAUUGAACUUUCCGACUUACACGAGAUUAUCCAUCUCGUCUGCGGUGAACAAGGGGAUGCAUCGCGUUUGAAUCGGCCAUCUUAAUAAUGGCGUAGGUCCAAAAUCUUGAAACAGAAAAUGCAGGUAUUCUAAAAAUUGUAUGUUCUAGUUGUACAAAAUUCAUAUUCAAUGUGAAAACUGAAUGCUGCGUCUCGUCCAUAUGAUACUGGUGAUGUAUCACUACUUAAAAAUAAUCUUUACAUUUCACGCGUAACACACACUGCGAACUUUUCUCCUGUUACUUUCAAAGCGCUUUUGAUUUUUGGACUAUAGGCAUUCUCGAAAUGACCGAUUUACUCGCAGAAGGCCCGACUUUUUACCGCGUAUUGAUUAUUAUAUCGACAUUCUUAAUCUUGUUUUUUGUAUCUACGAAAAUCGCCACUGCAUUUGUUCGAUUCGCGAAAGUGCGACGUCGAUCGCAACUUUGGUGAACUUUUAACGAUGAUAGCGUAGAUUCUCCGAUUGUUCCUAUAGCAAUGCGAGGGAAGCCAGAUAUUGCUUCCCCCCCUUUUUUUUUAAUGUAACGGAAGUUACAUCUCGGCCUCUCUGGCGCCUGAAAAAGCGCAAAGUUUGCAUUACGCGAAUCCUAGGAUAAUUAUUAGGCGGCAAUUAAUUGAUCGAGCGAUCUGAUGGCGAAAAGCCCUUCGGCCGUUUCGUACGAGAGCACGACGUAUCGAUUUUUGUAGGUAAACAAUAAUUAUUCGAUAUCAUCGUUCGCUUUUAAUUGUCACAAAUCUGUAUCAUCAGCGAAGUAAUUCCGAGCUUUGUGAACGUAUACGAUAAAAAUUAGUCAAAGUUUCCGCCUCUAGCGAGGAUUUAGUGUUAAUACGACACGAUUUAACCGUCAUAGUAAAGAUCGAUAGGCAGUCGAUGUGUGUUAUCAAGUCGAGAAACGCCAUCACUUCCGCGAAUGCGGAUAGCAUUGGUGCUUGCACGUUAAAAUUAGUAUGCCAAGAAAAGAAAGUGCGUAAUAAUAACACAGUUGCACCGUACACUUGUAAUAGAAAAUUGUGCAUCUCCUCGAAGUCUAUGAAAAUUUAAAAAAAGUUGCUUGUAUUUAUUGUAGCGUUUCUCGGCAUGAAGAUACGUCUUGCUCGCUUUAAAUCGUCCGCUUUCCUGGCGAGCUUUUCUGCCAAUCAGUUGGAGAGAGAAGUUCGCAUGGUCACAAGUGCGUGUAAAUUAAAUGUCCACGCAGUUCAACAAUUGUAGACGCGACACGAAGAAGUUUGCGAGCACCAAGAAUAACAUCUCUGAUUCUUAAAAAAAGUAUCUGGGAUUAAAACAUCAAAAUAAAUUUCGUCCUACGCUAAUCUCACCGAAAAAAAUUAUUUUCUACAUACUUAAUUACUUUACAAACGCUCACAGAGAUGUUUCGACGACAGUAUUUUGGCAAAUAUUGUAAUAUUCGUGCACUUUCGUCACGCUCCUAUAUCCGGUGUUACACAACUGAUGAUACGGUGCUCGCAUGAUUUUUUAUGUCGCUUUGGAAAGCAUUUACGUCGUGCCAAUGACUUUCUCGGAUUUUUAUUAUUGUUUUAUAAGAAUCCCGUGCCGAAACCUUUCUUAGCGAGAUUUAGGAACAAAAGAACAUUUUCAAAUGCUCCGAACGUCUUUUCUCGGCAGUGUAUAUACUAUACAUACAUCGCACGAGUGCGAGUACAUGCUCAUCAGAACGCAUCCUCAUUUUUAUUAAAUUAAACUGUAACGUGUAAAAAAAUCUCCGGAGUAUUAGCUCGUGGCGAGCUUUAGUUUAAUGCUUUAGAAAGUGUCCUCGGUAGUAGUUUUUAUUUAAUCUACGAACUUCUUAUUUAUGACGAGUACUGUAAAAAUAUGGGUUUAAUAAAUACUUUCAAGUAUU